CGCAACUUGAACUUCACCUGCGGAAAAAUGGUCGGAGGAAGCCAUGGCUUUUCUUACUUUGGCUACCUGCGCCCUACUGUAGGUUCUCUUCAGAAAUGGGCCGACGAAGUCGACGACCAAUCCUGGACGUAUAAGGAAACCGAGAAGUAUUUCGACAAGUCCGUCACUUUCACCCCGCCAAAUAUGACCACACGCUGGGCCAACGCCACACCCGAAUAUGAUGAGUCCAUCCUGCAGGGCAAAGGGCCCUUGGAGAUUACCUACCCCAGGUGGGCGCAUCCAUUUAGCACCUGGCUCCGUAAAGGCCUCGACUCUAUGGGGGUUUCUCAUGCCCUGAGCUUCGCCACGGGUGAGCUUUUCGGCUCAAGCUGGGUGUUGGAUCUCAUCAACAGCACAGACGGGAAACGUGCCACAACUUGGACUGCCUACGUAAAAGGCAAACCACAUGCGAAGAAGCUGGACAUAUUCACCUUUACUCUCGCAGACAAGAUUAUAUUUGAUGAUAAAACUGCCACGGGUGUUGCCGUCACUCGUAAAUUGUCUGAUGCGUCCCCGGAAAUGUUCACCAUCAAGGCGAACAAGGAGGUCAUCCUAGCAGGGGGUGCUAUUCUUUCCCCCCAGCUACUGAUGGUGUCCGGAGUAGGUCCAGCCGAAGAGCUGAAGAAAUGGGAGAUCACUCCAGUUCUUGAAGUUCCUGGCGUUGGACAACACAUGCAAGAUCAUAUCGUUGUAGGGGUUACUUACAAGGUGGACGUACCCACCACAUCCAUCCUCCUAGACGAUGAAACCAGGUACCAGCAUGAUUAUCUGUUCAAUCAUAACUUGACCGGCAUGCUUGUCAACCCAGGCCCCGAUUACGGAGUAGCCUACGACAUCCCCGGCGAUUUACGUAACUUUUCAAAGGAUGCCCAAGCAGACCUAAAUAGCUUGCCCAAAGACUGGCCCGAAGCUUUGAUGGUAUCCUUCCCUAUGGGCUACAACUGGCCCAACGACGCCAACUACGCUUCUCUCAUGUCCAUCCCCAUGGUCGUCAUGUCCCACGGCAACAUCACCCUCAACUCUGCAAAAAUGACAGACAAACCCGUCAUCCAACCCGGCUGGCUGACUAGCGAUACGGACCUUGAGGUGGCUGUCGGCGCUCUCAAGUAUAUGCGUAGAGUAUUCGAGAGCCCGGGUAUGGCGCAGAUUCUUACUGAUGGCAAAGAAAUGGCCCCAAAUGGAACAGCUGUCACUUUCACCGAACUUCAGAAUGCAGUAAAGGAGAGUUUCCGGUCCAUGCAUCAUCCUGGCUGUACGUUGCGGAUGGGGAGGAAAGAUGAUCCUGGUGCGGUAGUGGAUUCUGAGGGAAAGGUGUUUGGCUUGGAUAAUGUGAGAGUUGUGGACGUUUCAGUCUUCCCUUUCUUACCUCCGUCUCUGCCUUUGGCAACUGCUUUUAUGGUCGCCGAGAAGAUUACAGAUCAUGCUCUCUCCGACGCGAAGAAGAAAAAUUCUCAUGAUGAGCUGCGUCUCGAUUUGUAG